AUGGGUUUGGCCGUAAGGGGUUACGAAGAUUUGCCAGUCCUAUGUUUAGUGAAAAAUAUUGCUAUUUGGAAACAAACUAAAACUGGCUUAAAAUACCUACACUCGGCGAGAAUCCUGCAUAGAGACAUCAAGCCAGGCAACCUGCUGGUAAACAGCAAUUGUGUUCUCAAGAUCUGUGACUUCGGGCUGGCGAGGGUCGAGGAACCGGACUCCACCAAAAACAUGACACAGGAGGUCGUCACACAGUAUUAUAGGGCACCAGAGAUUCUGAUGGGCGCAAAUCAUUACACGGCAGCGGUGGAUGUCUGGUCGGUUGGGUGUAUAUUCGGCGAACUGCUUGGCAGGCGAAUUCUGUUUCAAGCUCAGAGUCCCGUACAGCAGCUGGAGUUAAUAACAGAGCUUCUGGGUACGCCGUCGUUGGAGGAUAUGCGAUACGCUUGCGCCGGUGCGCGUGCGCACAUGUUGCGUCGUGCGCCUCGCCCGCCAGCUCUGGCUGCCCUGUAUACGCUCUCUGUACAGGCCACGCAUGAGGCAGUUCAUUUGCUUGCACAGAUGCUAGUCUUCGAUCCGGCGAAACGAAUCUCUGUUGUCGAUGCGCUCGCGCAUCCGUAUCUCGAAGAGGGGCGGCUGCGGUACCACUCUUGCAUGUGCAAGUGUUGCUACAACGCCCCGCCGGCUGCGAGACAUUAUUCACCGGAUCUCGAACCCGUAGCACCCCACGCCUUCCACGACGGCUGGGAGAGGAAGCUUACUUCUGUACAUCAAGUUAAAGAGGAGAUCCACAAAUUCAUAGCGGAGCAGCUGCAGACGUCUCGUGUGCCGUUGUGCAUCAACCCACAGUCCGCCGCGUUCAAGAGCUUCGCAAGCUCGACAGUCGCACACCCGUCGGAGCUGCCGCCGUCGCCUCAUCAGUGGGAAUGA